UCCAAAUCCAGUUCUUCAUUUGAAGCCUCUUGGGGUUUAGGCUUCUUAUUCAGUUGAAGCUUUUUCAGGGUAUUGUGCAACUUCCAAUUGAAGAUGAGCUCUGCAACUCUCAGCUCCAAUUUUCUCCAAACUGGGUGCCAAUGGAAGGGUGGAGUGAAGAAUUUAGAGGGUAAUAAGCGAAAUGCAGGGAAGGUGUUUGUGCAAUGUUCUGUGAAUUCAAAAACCCAGAAAGCAGAGAAGCAAGUUCGCCUUGGUGUUCUUGGGGCCAGUGGUUAUACUGGUUCUGAGAUUGUUCGGCUGCUGGCAAAUCAUCCUCAUUUUGGCAUUACCUUAAUGACUGCUGAUAGAAAAGCUGGACAGUCCAUUGGAUCAGUGUUUCCUCAUCUAAUUUGUCAAGAUCUGCCAAAGAUGGUUGCUAUCAAGGAUGCUGAUUUUUCUGAUGUGGAUGCAGUAUUUUGUUGUUUACCACAUGGAACAACACAGGAAAUAAUCAAGGGCCUUCCAAAGAGUUUAAAGAUUGUUGAUCUGUCUGCUGACUUCCGUCUACAAGAUAUAUCUGAGUAUGAAGAAUGGUACGGUCAGGCACAUAGAGCACCAGAUUUGCAGAAAGAAGCUGUGUAUGGUUUGACAGAGAUUUUGAGGGAGGAGAUUAAAAGUGCACGUCUAGUUGCUAACCCUGGCUGUUAUCCGACGUCUAUUCAGCUUCCCCUUGUUCCACUAUUUAAGGCUAAUCUCAUUCAACAUAAAAACAUUAUUAUAGACGCAAAAUCUGGUGUUAGUGGAGCAGGACGUGGUGCCAAGGAGGCAAAUUUGUACACUGAAAUAGCUGAAGGCUUAUAUUCUUAUGGCAUUACCCGUCAUCGCCAUGUACCGGAAAUUGAGCAGGGACUAUCUGGUGCUACCAAUUCAAAAGUAACCAUUAGUUUUACUCCGCAUCUAAUGCCAAUGAGCCGUGGUAUGCAAUCAACUAUUUAUGUGGAAAUGGCUCCAGGGGUUGAAAUCAAGGACUUGCAGCAACAGUUGAGGUUAUCCUAUGAGGAUGAAGAAUUUGUAGUUUUGUUGGAGGACGGUGUUGUUCCUCGCACGCAUAAUACUCGAGGGUCUAAUUAUUGUUUCAUCAAUGUCUUUCCUGAUCGAAUCCCAGGAAGAGCAAUAAUAAUUUCAGUUAUCGAUAAUCUUGUCAAGGGAGCUUCAGGUCAGGCUCUACAGAAUCUUAAUGUGAUGAUGGGAUUUCCCGAGAGCACAGGGCUUCUAUAUCAGCCAUUGUUUCCUUAAUGUGGUCAUCACACAAUGUAAUUAAGGUGGAAAGCAGCUAUUUGCAAGAGUUGCUUUGGCUAAUUGUAAGAGUUUGCUUAAACAACACAAUUUUAGAAUUAUCAUUUCCCUGUUCCAGUUAGAGAUUUUGUGUCGUUCUUAGAUGCUAGACUGAUGAUUUUAUGGUAUGAAUUAAAGUUGCACCCCGUGGAUUAGUAAUGAUGAGGAUCUCAACUUUCUGGGUUUGAAUAUUUUGCUUUCGAAAGUACAAUAUGUUAUCAGUGUAGUAUUCUUCAAUUUUACUUUU